AUGACUCUUAUAGAGGAAAUUCAGGUUCUUGUGGUGGUGGUGAUAUCAUCUGCGACUCAUCGGGUAAUAUUAAGACUACUUUCUCUGAAAAAUUUGAGUCAGAAUGAGCUUAAUUUGCUUAAUCUGCCACCGUGGGGAGGAGGCAGCAACCGCAUAGCUGCCGUCGACAAGGACGGAGGCAACCCUCUCUCCACCGUCAUUACAGGUACCGGAACUCAUCAUCACAGCCGCGAUCAACAUAUAAAACACCAGAAACCCGGAUGGAGAAAGUUCUUAUCAUAUGUUGGACCUGGCUUUCUCGUCUCCAUGGCUUAUCUCGACCCCGGCAACUUGGAAACCGAUCUGCAAGCUGGAGCUAAUCACAGAUAUGAGCUACUGUGGGUGGUGCUAAUAGGAUUGAUCUUUGCUCUAAUAAUCCAAUCUCUUGCUGCAAAUCUCGGGGUAUGCACUGGGAAGCACCUGUCGGAGUUAUGCAAAUCGGAGUAUCCAAAAUCAGUGAAGUAUUGCCUGUGGUUGCUGGCGGAAAUUGCAGUCAUAGCUGCUGAUAUUCCUGAAGUGAUAGGCACGGCUUUCGCAUUGAACAUACUGUUCCAUAUUCCGGUGUGGGCUGGAGUUCUCCUCACCGGCUGCAGCACCCUCCUCCUCCUCGGCCUCCAGAGAUUCGGGGUGAGGAAAUUGGAAAUGUUAAUAGCAAUGCUGGUGUUCGUAAUGGCGGGAUGUUUCUUCGGAGAAAUGAGUCGUGUGAAGCCUCCAGCGUCGGACGUGGUUCAGGGAAUGUUCAUCCCCAAGCUCACCGGCCACAGCGCCACCGGCGACGCCAUCGCCCUUUUGGGUGCCCUCAUCAUGCCGCACAAUCUCUUCCUCCACUCUGCCCUUGUACUGUCUAGGAAGACUCCCGACUCUGUUCGAGGCAUCAAUGAUGCUUGUAGAUACUUCUUGGUAGAGAGUGGGUUGGCUUUGCUAAUAGCAUUAUUAAUCAACGUGGCGGUGAUCGUAGUAUCAGGCACCAUCUGCUACGCCGCCAACCUAUCCAGCGAAAACUCCAACCGGUGCAAUGACCUCACCCUCGACUCUGCUUCUUUCCUAGUCAAGAAUGUGGUGGGACGAUCGAGCUCUACCGUUUAUGCAAUUGCUCUUCUUGCCUCAGGCCAAAGUUCUGCCAUUACAGGAACUUAUGCUGGACAAUACAUCAUGCAGGGUUUCUUGGACCUCAAGAUGAGGAAAUGGCUGAGGAACUUGAUCACUAGGUGCGUUGCCAUUACGCCAAGCCUCAUCGUCUCCAUCAUCGGUGGUUCUCAAGGGGCGGGCCGGCUCAUUAUCAUCGCUUCGAUGUUAUUGUCAUUUGAGCUUCCCUUUUCCCUAAUCCCACUCCUUAAAUUUAGCAGCAGUAGCACCAAGAUGGGACCUCACAAGAACUCAAUCUAUGUUAUCGUGAUAUCAUGGAUACUAGGGCUAGGAAUCAUCGGCAUCAAUGUAUAUUACCUAAGUACUGGAUUCGUUAGGUGGCUAUUUCACAACAAUCUCCCCAAAGUUGGGAAUAUAUUUGUGGGGAUCGUGGUGUUUCCCCUUAUGGCCAUUUAUGUACUUGUAGUGAUCUACUUGACCUUUCGAAAAGACACUGUUGAGACAUUCAUCGAUCCAACUAACCAAACUCGCAUGGGUAUGAGUUUCGAUAGGGAGUUCGAGUUGGAGAAUGUACCCUAA